AGGCACAACUGGAACCCCCAUCCUGUAACCAUUUCUGAUGUGGGCGUACUCGAGCCAGUACCUGGAUAAGGUCAAGCAGGCAGCCAGCAAGAAUCUUCAGCCGGGCGGUCCAACUGCCAUUCUCUGUGGUUUUGCUGCACUCAACGGAUAUUCAGGACUUUUAACUUACUUUUGGGAUAAAUUCAGAUCUGGGAUCCUGGACAGAAAAGGUCUUAACUGUCUUCACCUCUACAAUGCACACUUGUGCUAUUUAUUGCUAUGAAAACUAUGCCAACAAAGAAUAGGAGCUGCAAGAGACAAUGAAGACAAAAAUGUAUUUUCUGCAUUCAUUUUUAUCAUCCAAAGCCCCAACGGAAAUAUGAUUGACUGGCAAUACAACUCUUAUGUGGAUGUUGAGAGUUAUUUAGUAUAAUUCUUAAGCCUUCAGGAAAAAUGCUAUCAAUCGGCAGUGGACUUAAAAACUUUGCCCCUUUCCUCCCACCCUGCAUCCUCUGCAUCUGAAACCCAGAUUCCAGCGGAAAGGACGCAAAACAAUCCUGCUGUCACCUAGCCUGUAAACCUCUGCUGCUCGUUCAUCACAUGUACGGAUAUGUCGCACGCAGGACCGAGAGCAUCACAGAUCAUGUAAACUGGACAAUUUAAAAGGAUAUAAAAGAAGAAGAGCGCGCUCUCGGCGAAGCCCAGCAUCAGCACCAGCAUCCGAUGCGCGUCCCCGCCCCGGUAGAGGCUGCUCAAGAUCCCGGGAAGAGGAGUUGGAGCUGUGCGAGUUAAAGUUGGGCCAAAGGGGGUGUGAAAAGGAUGCUGCAGAGGAAUCUUCGAUCCAAUUAACAUAGUCUAUGUGGAUAAACGUGCUCUAAGUGAAGGAUGACUUGCAAAAUACUGAGCAUAUGCCUCUUGAUUUUGGGUUUUCAACAUUGCUCAUCACAAGAAUGUGUUGAUCCCCUCGUGUCUGGGCUCUACGCCUCCUCCUUCCUGGCCUCUUCCAGAUACAACUUCCUUUACUCGGCCAAUUUUGCCAAACUUUACGGCAGCAGUGGCUGGUCCCCGUCCCCCAGAGACAGACAGCCAUGGCUGCAGAUAGACCUGGGCAGAAAGUACCGACUGCAGGCGAUCGCCACCCAAGGGACCUUCAACUCCCACGACUGGGUCUCCAAGUACACACUUCUGUACGGAGACCGACCAGACUCCUGGACGCCGUACAUCAUGAUGGGAGGCAACUCCACGCUGCCUGGAAACUGGAAUUAUUAUCAGGUGAAGAGGAAUGUCUUCCAUUAUGUCUUUACUGCUAAACACAUUCGUCUGCUGCCUCUGGCCUGGAACACAGAGAGCGGAGGGAAGAUCGGUGUCAGACUGGAGCUCUUUGGCUGCACUUAUGAUUCCUAUGUGCUGCAGUAUAAUGGAGACGACUCCGUGAUCUACAUGUACCCAGAGAAAAGGUCUCGCACGCUAUAUGACCACAUCUCCAUAAACUUCAAGACUUUGGAGCAGGAUGGUUUGCUGUUACACAGUGAGGGCAUUCAAGGAGACGUGUUCACGUUGGAGCUGAAGAAAGGCCGUCUUUACCUGCACAUCAGCCUCGGUAGCAGCGUUAUACACAAGGUGGACGGUCGGACCACACUGACUGCUGGUAGCCUUCUGGAUAAUCUACACUGGCACUAUGUCACUAUCAAGCGCUACGGCCGACAGGUGAACUUCACGGUGGACAGUCACACGGUGACAGCUGUCUGUAAUGGAGAAUUUACACACCUCGAUCUGGACACACAGCUGUAUGUAGGAGGAGUAAUCGAGAAAAACCUGCCUCACCUCCCCACUACGCCGAAUUUCCGUGGCUGCCUGGAAAAUGUCUUCAUUAACGGCGUCAACGUUAUCUAUAAGGCCAAGAGACAAGAACCUGAAAUCCGCAUUCCUCUAAAGAAAAAGAUGCAUUUCGCCUGCCGCGACAUUCUGCUCAAACCCAUGACCUUUGCCGGACCUAACAACUAUCUGCAAGUGCCAGGGUUCUUCAGAAGGCCUCGCAUGUUUGUCAAGUUCAAGUUCCGCUCGUGGGACUACACGGGGCUGCUGAUGUUCACCCGCUUUGCUGAUGACCUGGGCGCCCUGGAGCUCGGCCUGAGCGAGGGUCAGAUCAAUGUCACCAUAUUCCAGCCAGGGAACAAGAAAAUCCAGUUUGCUGCAGGAUACAGACUAAAUGAUGGUUACUGGCAUUCAGUGGAUCUGGCCGCCAGAGACAACCUCCUGACUCUCACCAUCGAUGAGGAGGAAGCUUCGCCCUUGAGGAUCACCAACCCCUUCACCAUUCGCACUGGGGACCGCUACUUUUUUGGAGGUUGUCCAAAAACCAACAACACAAUAAGGAAGUGCGAGACCAAGCUGAAUCGCUUCCACGGAUGCAUGCAACACAUCUUCAUAGACAAUGAACAACUUGAUAUCGACAUUAUUCUGCAGCGACAGUGGGGGCGGUAUGCUGAGCUUUUGCUGGGUACCUGUGGAAUCACAGACAGAUGUUCUCCAAAUCCGUGUGAACAUGAGGGCAGAUGCAUCCAGUCCUGGGAUGACUUUAUCUGCUUGUGUGAGAAUACAGGCUAUAAAGGAGAAGUGUGCCACAUGUCUGUUUAUAAAGAGUCAUGCGAGGCGUACAGACUAAGCGGCAAAUAUUGGUCUGGAAACUACACCAUCGAUCCUGAUCUCAGCGGGCCACUGAAACCAUUUGAGGUGUACUGCAAAAUGAAGUCAUACAAAGCUUGGACAGUGAUAAUGCAUGAUCGAGUGGAGGCUACCAAGGUUUCUGGGAGCUCAAUAGACCGGCCUUAUAUAGGAAGCGUCAACUACUGGAACGCCUCCUGGGAUGAAGUCACCGCUCUUGCCAACACCUCCAUGUAUUGUGAGCAGUGGAUCGACUACUCCUGCUAUAAGUCUCGUCUCCUCAACACGCCAAAUGGAAGACCUUUUGGUUACUGGAUUGGACGUAACAACGAAACUCACUAUUACUGGGGUGGGACGUUCAGAGAAGUCCAAAAAUGUGGCUGCGCUAUAAACCAAACUUGUGUUGACUCCAAGUUUCAGUGCAACUGUGACGCCGACUACAGACAAUGGUAUUCAGAUAAGGGUUACUUGGACUUCAGAGACCAUCUGCCAGUCAGGAGGGUGGUAAUUGGGGACACCAACAGGACCGGCUCAGAAGCGCGCUUCACAGUCGGGCCACUCCGCUGCCAUGGCGACAGGAACAUCUGGAACACCAUAGCCUUCACCAAGCCCACCUACAUAACCUUCCCCACCUUCAGGCCUGGGUCAACUGUUGACAUCUCCUUCCACUUCAAAACCUACCGGGAACAUGGGGUCUUCUUGGAGAACUCUGAUGACUGGCUUAGAAGCUUUAUAAGAAUAGAGCUCAACACCACCCAGAAUCUUUGUUUUAUAUUUAUGGUCGGAGAUGGCAUCCUUAAUGUGACCCUGCACUCCCCUAUGCCGCUCAAUGACAAUGAGUGGCACUUUGUUCAGGCCGAGUUGAACGUGAAACUGGCCCGGAUCAAGGUUGAUUAUCAGCCCUGGGCUGUGAAACGCUUCCCGGCUCAGACAUUUGUCAGCAUGGUGUUCACACAUCCUCUGAUUAUAGGUGCAGCCAACCGUACCUUGCGACCUUUCCUAGGGUGCCUUCGGGGGCUGCGUAUGAAUGGUGUUCCCUAUGAUUUAGAGGGGAAAGUAAAUGAAGAACAGGGUAUAAGGAGGAACUGCACUGGACAGUGCCUCAAUGCCACCAUACCCUGUCGAAACAGUGGCCAGUGCAUGGAGGGAUAUGCGUCCUACACCUGUGACUGUAACAACACAGCAUUUGAUGGUUUCUACUGCCACAAAGACAUCGGAGCUUACUUUGAGAUUGGAUCGUGGAUGAGGUACAACAUACGAAAGAAACCCAUUUCGGAUGAGGCAGCAUGGGCAAACUGGAUCGACCCGCAUUACGACAACUUCAGUCUCGGCUACAAUGACACAGCAGAUGACAUCGAGUUCAGUUUCAGCACUGUUCACACACCAGCGGUGUUACUCUACAUCAGCUCCUUCGUUCAAGACUACAUCGCCAUCAUCCUCAAGACUGAUGGUAGUGUUGAUCUGAGGUAUAAGCUGGGACUCAUAACACACAAGUACCAGCUGACUCACCGAAACCUGGCGGAUGGAUACCCUCACUAUGUGAACAUAACCAGACACAACAGAACCAUCAAAACACAGGUGGAUUACAUGGAACCCAUCGUGGAGAAGAUAACCUUGGUGGAGGAUGCCAGAUUUGACUCUCCGAAGUCCAUGUUCCUGGGCAGAGUGAUGGAGGUGGGUGAUAUCGACUAUGAGAUCCAGAGGCAUAAUGCUCCAGGCUUCAUAGGAUGCAUAUCUGGGGUGAGAUACAAUGUCUACGCCCCACUUAAAUCUUUAUUCCGGCCAAAUGAAACAGACCCUCCGGUAACAACAGAAGGCUAUGUGUCUGAGUCUAACUGUGGGGCUUUCCCUCCUGUCCUUGGUUAUGUACCCUGGGAGGUCGAUCCCUGGUUUACUACUAUAGAGUACAUUUAUAUCCAUGAUGACCUUGGUCUGUUUUGGAUAAUAGUUAUCAUCAUCUUAGCACUGCUGUUGCUCUUUGGAGGCCUCUACAGCAUCUACGUCUACGCCUAUCAGCAGAAGGGUAGUUACCACACGAAUGAACCCAAAAACCUGGAGUCUCCCAGCAGCUCCAGGCCGCUGACCGAUACCCUGAGAAGAGAAAAGAAGAACCUCCAAGAAAUUGAAGAGGAGUUCAGGAGUGGUUAGCAUCACAGGACCUUUGGGACAAUGGGUGGGGUUUAGGGGCGGGGUUUGAGAGGGGGAAAUAGCACAUACAAAAACCACAGAUACCUGUAGUAAAUUUUCUAUUUAUUAUUAUUAUUAUUAUUAUUAUUAUUAUUAUUAUUAUUAUUAUUAUUAUUAUUAUUAUUAUUAUUAUUAUUAUUCCUUUUCUUAUGUUUUGGUUUGUGUUCCUUUUCCCGGGGUUGAGUGGGAUAUGAUGCCUGGUGCUCUAUUUUACACAGUUCGUAUUUUGGUAAGUUGUAGUUUCGCUGGGUUCAAAAUUGAAAUCAAGCCACAUGUUGCAUGAGUAGCCAACGAGUCUCACGCUGUAUUGCAGGGUGAAAUCCUGAAGUGCCUCAUCUGAGCAAGCUCGAUCUGAAAGCACCAAAGCUUUUUCAGUGAGAGUUUAGAUAAGACACUGUGGGAGAAAAAAGGCAAAUUUAAUUGGAACUUCAGUUUCAAGGAUUUGGGCUUUUAUUGAUUCAUUUCCUUUCUGAGCCAUUUUUCUGACCUGUAUCAACUUAUUGCCAUCUAAAUUAUACCUUUUGAUGACAAUCUCUCAUAGAAGAUAGCUGGUAGUCUAUCUUAUAGAAAUUAACCAGUGCAAAGAAAGACAAAAAACACUGGUUUUCAUGAACAACAACUGAUGAGAGGACACACUGACAAGCAUGGAGCUUUACGCUUUGAGAUGAUACAUAUAAAGAUCGUAACAGGUAUAUAUGCUUAUAUUUGUUGUAUUGCAGCCUAGUACAGUGCAUUACCUAUACAAGAUGGUAAUUAAAGUGGUUCAGAGUUGCCAUAGUGUCAGUAGAUAUCAGCUUUGCAGAAUAUUAUGCUCAGAUUAACAAAACAUUCUCAAUGAUUUGACGACACAAUACCUCUGGGUGUGAGACGGUGAGAUUGUUGGCGCAAUGCAGAAUCGAAGCAAAAGUCAAGAUGACAAAGCUUGCCGGGGGCAGAGAGACCUAAACAUCCUAGUUCUCAUUCCUCCUGUCUUAUUUCUGAUUGCUUAUGUUACAGUCAAGCUGCCAGCAGCUUGGUGCUACAGAGUUUUUGAGUCAGCUGACAUGUGUAACGCCAGAAUUCCAAUAAUAAUAAUAAAAAAUAAAAAAAAAAUAAAAAAUCAGUCCUUUCACAAUCUUCAAUCUAUAGUUACAGACAAAUUUCAGGGAACAGCUGCUCCUGGCCAUAUGGGAAGCAUACUUAUAGACACAGAUACACACACAAUAAUGACAUAUGUACAGCGGACCACAAGACUGUAAAUGCUUAUAUUUUACUUCUAACUCACACUGCAAGGAUAUUUUUGCAUAAUGUUGUAGGACAGUAGGUGGCCACAGUGCCACUGCUGCUGUUAUUCGUUUAGCUGCUUUCAGUGAAAAGUUGAAAAUCCUACUUAUAGUCCAAUGGAAAUUCCUGUGCUGGCAAGAAUAAUUUUUUAUUUCAUGUGUGGUGCAACCAAAGCUUACGUCUAUCAUCACUCACUGCAGCUCUUGACACUAAAGCACUAUUAUAUGUGUGGGAAAAAUAGCUAGAAACAAUAAAAAAGUAAUACACUUGCAACAUAUUAGCUAUGCAUAUGUAGAGCAUGAGCGCACUUUGCAGUAACAUGCAAAUAAUAUGAGCUUCUUUCAGCCAACAGUGUUGCAGAUGUCUUGAUUUAAUUUGCAAAUGUAUAAAAACAGAUGAAAACAAGUGUAUAAGUGAAUAUAUAUUGAUGUUUUGAAUGGCUUUUUUUUUUUUAAUUUCAAGGAUUUAUACAAAACAAGCUGAACGGUGAGCCCUGAAUGUAAAUCCUUUGACUCUGUAAUGUAUGAGCAGACUCUACAGUGCAGACCUGUUACGACAUCUCUGCUGUAGACUGCUUGGCUUUGAAAGUACCAUUGAUGAUAGCUCAGGAUAAUGAAGUGCAGUCCUCGCUCUCUGUAGUUUAAUACACGGACAGUACUGUGCAAAAUUGUACAGUGAAAAGAUGUACAGCCGAUGUAAAGAUUGCAACAAGUGUAAAGACAGGACCUGAUAAUAAUGUAUGAACCUGUACAUAUAUGGCCAGAAAUGUCAAUAACAGGCUAUAUUUUUAAAGAAAGUUCUGUAACCAGAUGAAUGAAAGUGAAAAUUGAAGAAACUGAGUGAAAAUGGUGGUUUGUGAUGGAUAUGAAGAAUGAUUUGUGUUUUUCUUACAUUAACAGUCACCACUCAAAAUUAUUAUUAUUAGGUUUAGCAAACCUGAGUCUGGUAAGUUUAUUGCCUAUUAGGGAAAAGUCGGCGUACAUUUAUUCUAUUAAUAAAUACACCUCACUGUAUUUGAUGGUAAAUAGUGGUAAUAGUAUAUAAACUUUGAGCAUAGCAUAGUCACAUUUUUUGCAUCUCACACC